AUGCUUCUUCCCCCUCCGGCAGCUCUGUGGUGGCCAAAUGCAGUUCUCGCUGCUGGCCAUGUAAAUAACCGGGGCUGCUGCUACCCCAGUGGCUUUAAAUGCAUCGCGGGGCUUUUCCCCUUCCUAAAAAAAAGCCCUGCCACCGAGAAAAAAACCAAACCUCGUCGUCCCGUUUCCCCCCCCCGCCCCCCCCGUGCCAGCCCUUUAAAUGCUCAGAGCAAGUGUACAUUUCCAUCUGAAAUCAACGCAAGUGUUACUGGCAGUGUAUUUUGUCGGAGAGAGGGGAAGAGGGGGGAUCUGGUGUUUGGACCCAAUAGAAUGCUCUGCUCCAGUGUAAAUAUUUACAGGUUAUUAUUCCCCACGAUGUCCAGUGAUAGGCAGAGGUCAGACGAUGAAAGUCCAAGUACCAGCAGUGGUAGUUCAGAUGCCGAUCAGAGGGAUCCGCCUGCACCUGAACCUGAAGAGCAAGAAGAACGAAAACCCUCUGCCACCCAGCAGAAGAAGAACACCAAACUAUCCAGCAAAACUACUGCUAAGCUAUCUACUAGUGCAAAAAGAAUCCAGAAGGAGCUAGCUGAAAUAACCCUUGAUCCUCCUCCUAACUGCAGUGCGGGUCCUAAAGGAGAUAACAUUUAUGAAUGGAGAUCUACUAUACUUGGACCUCCAGGUUCUGUAUAUGAAGGAGGUGUUUUCUUCUUGGAUAUCACAUUUUCAUCUGACUAUCCAUUCAAGCCACCAAAGGUUACUUUCCGCACCAGAAUUUAUCACUGCAACAUCAACAGUCAGGGAGUCAUCUGUCUGGAUAUCCUGAAAGACAACUGGAGCCCUGCUUUGACUAUUUCAAAGGUUCUGCUGUCUAUUUGUUCUCUUCUGACAGACUGCAACCCAGCUGACCCUCUGGUUGGAAGCAUAGCCACUCAAUACCUGACCAACAGAGCAGAACAUGACAGGAUAGCCAGACAGUGGACCAAGAGAUAUGCAACAUAAAUGACAAACUACUUGUGCAGUGUGAAGGUGCAGAAGGCAACUUUGCAGUGUGCAACAAAUCUUUAUAGCCUUUACAAUACGGACUUCUGUGUAUAUGUUAUACUGAUUCUACUCU